UUGGACCAAUGAACGGGGAGGGGGCGGGGUCUGCGGCAAAUGAACAGGCAGUGAGCUGCGGAGGAGAGCAGCAGAGAGAGACCGCACUCAUCCAUCCAUCCAUCCAUCUCUACCUUACGCCCUUUAUCGCUCUCCGUGGUCUGUGCUGCAAUGUUGAUCCUGGACGUUUUGUCCCCGCUCCUCCUCCUCCUCUCCAUCCUGUUGCCGGGCUACGGUUGCCGGGCGGCGGACAUUCCAGAGGACACUACAUCAGAGUUCUCAGUCAGACUGUACCACCGGCUGCAGGCGGCGGGGGGUCAGGACAACAUCAUUUUCUCCCCGCUGAGCGUGGCUGUGGCUCUGGGCAUGGUGGAGCUGGGAGCCAGGGGGGCUUCGCUCCAGGAGAUACGACAGGCCGUAGGAUUCAGCCAUCUGCUGCCAGGUGUGGAGUUCUCUCUGCUCCAGAACCUGACAGCAGCUCUGUCGGAUGAUGACACCCACUACGUGAUCCGAUUCGCCAACAGCCUCUUCCUGCAGGAAGGCGUCACCUUUAACCCUGAGUUUCUGCACCUGAUGAGAAAGUACUUCAGGGCUGACGUGGAAACAGUGGACUUCAGCGAAUCAUCAGCCGUGGCUGAGCAGAUCAACACGUGGGUGGAGAACCAUACAGAGAGUAAGAUCCGUGCGCUGCUAUCGGCAGAGGACUUCAGCAGCGUGACCCGGCUGACCCUGGUGAACGCUGUGUACUUCAGAGGCUCCUGGAAAAACCAGUUCAGGCCAGAGAACACCAGGACCUUUUCCUUCAGCAAAGACGACGGCUCUGAGGUCCAGACGCUCAUGAUGUACCAGCAGGGAGACUUCUACUAUGGUGAGUUCAGCGAUGGUUCACAGGAAGCUGGCGGGGUGUACCAGGUCCUGGAGAUGCCCUAUGAGGGAGAGGACAUGUCCAUGAUGAUCGUUCUGCCUCGGCAGGAGGUGCCGCUGGCUUCCCUGGAGCCAAUCAUCAAAGCGCCGCUGCUGGAGGAGUGGGCUAACAAUGUCAAACGACAGAAGGUGGAAGUCUACCUGCCGAGGUUUAAGGUGGAACAGAAGAUUGAUCUGAGGAGCAUGCUGCAGGAGCUGGGAAUAAAGAACAUCUUCACCAACGAUGCUGAUCUCUCUGCCAUGACAGAUGGUAAGGACCUGUACAUUGGGAAAGCGGUGCAGAAGGCCUACCUGGAGGUGACGGAGGAGGGGGCAGAGGGAGCCGCUGGGUCAGGAAUGAUUGCUCUGACCAGGACUCUGGUGCUGUAUCCACAAGUCAUGGCGGAUCACCCCUUCUUCUUUGUCAUCAGAAACAGAAGGACAGGGUCCAUCCUCUUCAUGGGCAGGGUCAUGACCCCUGAAGUCAUCGAUCCCAGCGACCAGGACUUCGACUCCAUGUAACCACGUGGUCGAUCACCCUCAGCCAAUCAGAUCCUGACGUCAUAAAAGCUACCUAUCCUCUAUCACCAUCUUCAGCUGUGUUUUCUACUCUUUAUGAGAAAAAAAAGAUCUAUAAACUGAAUAUUAUAUGAUAUAUUAUAUAUUGAGACAUGACAUACGACAUAAAAUGUGACUGUGUUUUGAUACUGGAAGCUUUAAAUUCUUGGAUACGGACGUGCAGAUAGAGGAAGUUGUAAAUAUUCUCUAGUGAAAUAGGGUGUGUAUAUAAGCUGGUGUGUAAUCCACGCACAACCCCUUUAAGUUCAGCAGCUUCGUACUCUCUUGAGCGCCCGCACACGAUGCACAGAAACUAUUUAAAACUAGUAACUCUUCCUCCACCAGACGCUCCACACUUUAACUACAUCCCUGUACAUUUGACAUUGUGUUCUAUUAUAUAUAUGCUGAGUAUUUAUUGCAGAAAAAAAAAAAUAAAACCCAUUUUGUCCUUUACAAUAAAUCUUAGUAAUAUGUUCCAGGCAGUAUUGAGACAUUUUUUUUACACUUAGGCACAUGGCUAAACUGCUGAUAUAACUAAUAUGCCUUAUCACAUGUGAAUGGUUGAUUAAGCCCCAGCUGGGUGUCUUACAGGUGAGCAGAGGGGACUGCUUGAGUAAGGCGGGUUGCUAUGGAGACAGACUGGACUGGAGCAUGCAGGUGCGCCAAACGAGAUCUGCAGCACUGUUUUUGGGUGUACAUACAGGGAGAAACAGUAACACCAGCUGUAUUGAGUAUUUUAUUCAAUAAAAACAUGAAUGUGCUCCCAUUAAAAAAACAUAUAUCCGUC